AUAACAGCAUAAACGUAAAUAUUACAAACAUAAGAAUAGUUUCAUAUUAAGGAGAGUAAUAAGCAAACAGCAUACAACACAUGUAAAAUACAACAUAUUGAUUAUCCAAAGGGAAAUAAAAAAUACAGAUCAUACAGAAAUGUGUAAUCAAGCAAACCAAAACACACCAAAUGGUACAUUUCACUAUAGUAUAUAUAAGACACAACAAAACCCAUGAAGUAUAUAUUCAAGUUAUUCAAGGACUCGAUUUAGUUGUAGUAGGCGGAGGAGAGAACAUUGGAAUGGAUGGGAAAUUGGUCGGGAGAGAAGGAAUCGUUGUGGGGAAUGAAGGUAAAGUUGGCAUUGGAAUAGGAGGGAUUGAAGUGGGAAUUGUGGGAAGAGUUGUUUGUGGCAAUGUUGAUGGCAACGGAGGGAUUGAAGUGGGAAUGGUGGGAAGAGUUGGUUGUGGCAAUGUUGAUGGAAAUGGAGGAAUUGAAGUGGGUAUUGUGGGAAAAGAUGGUUGUGGCAAGGUGGAUGGCAAUGGAGGUAAUCCCGUUGGGAUAGGCAUAUUUGGAAUUUGAGGGAGAGGUUGUUGCUGGAGAAGGUGGCGUGAGGCCGAGCACAUGUUGAUUGUAAUAGAGAAAGAAAGAGUCACUAAGAAAGCAAUGAGAAAAAUCUUGAUUGAUGCCAUUUUGGUGAGUUGAUGAGUUCUUUUUUAUUUUGGUUAAGCCGCUCUCUAAUUGCUUCUUCGGUUUCUGUUUUGUGUUGAUGAGAAAUCCAACGUUAUGCUAUUGAGUUUAUAUAGAUGCAAGUGUCUAUAAGGCUACAUCAUAUAAUUUUUAUAUGGUUCUGGUAGGUUAUUGAAUAGUUGGCUUGAGCCUUGUUAGUUCAACUUAAUGUGCUAUUCUAAGCUUAUUUUGACAAUUCAAGGAUUUUGAUGUUAAGUUAGGCCAACCAUCAAAACCCUUUAACUUUAAUACACUUGUUACCUAACCACGCGAAGUUUGUAAAUUAAAGAAGAAGAAUUAUAUAUUUAUAUGUUUGUUUAUUUCCAUAUUGGGUGCGUACGAAAAACAGUAAAGAAAAGUAUCCAACAAAAAUAAACAAAU